AUGGCUAAAAGGAAGCAGGCGCCCACUCCUGGAAACUCCCAAGGCCAACAGAAACGCCAAAAAACCCGAGAUGCUCGCUCAAUCGCUGUCCAGUCAUCCGACAAAGCCUUCAACAACGGGGAGCUUGACCUGUCUUCGUUCGUCAAAGCGCGGGAAUUCGAGAUUCAAGCUCUGGAAAAUGGUCUCAAGAGGUCUAAGAAGUCUCUUUCCAGCCGAGCUUUUCAGGAGGUCCCUCGGGAUCUGAGAAGGAGGACCGCAAGCCACAAUGCAAAGAGGGUCCCCAAGCGGCUGCAAAGGCGGGCCAAGAAAGAGAUGGCAGAAGACAAUACGCCCACGGUGACCGCCAGGAGCCGGAAGAAGACUGGGCACAUGCGGCUGCGGGACGAAACUGCUAGACGUCUGAAGCAGCUCAGCGCUAAGGUAAAAGCAAAAAAGGAAGCUGCCCUGGAAGGAGAUGUUACAGUUACAAGAGAUCCGCCGGAGGACGGUAUCCAAGAUACCGCUGCGGGCGGCGGUGAGAAUGCUCAGAAGCCGGCUUCCAUCAAGCCACGAAAACCGCGCGUCAAGCAGAAUGCUCUAAAGAAGCCUCCAAAUCCACCAGCAAAAUUCCGGAAACGGCAGAUACAUAAGACUUGGCUACCCACUCAUAUGUUCCUCACUAAGCGUGCCCACAUGACCCCGCCAAAAGAGCCUCUAUGGAGGUUUGCGAUCCCCCUGACGCCAACAAUGAAAGGCUAUCGCCCAACGCAUAGAUCCAGUACUCAGAGGGGAGCCGUUGCAUGGGACAUGAGCUACAUGUCCACGAUUGGCCUGGAAGGGCCAGAGAAGAGUAUUGAGGGACUGCUCAAAGCUGUAGGUCUAGACGGUGGUGACCUUGCGCAAGGCGUAUGGGGUACGCGGGGCAAAAAAUGGAAGAGUGGGGUUAGAGCUUGGGAAGGCUGGCUGUUUGAUCAACGAAACUCGGCUUCCAAAGCCAUUGCGCCUGCUACCGUCAUCUGGUGUGCCCGGGAACGGCAGAGCGAGGAUGUCGAGAUGACGGCUUCCAACAUUCCAGGAACGAGCGAGGAGAAGGCGAAAGCGAGGAGGAAGGCGUUGGUCAGAGUCCAUCCGGCCGGCUUCUUGCAGCUCUGGAAGACGAUCGUACCUCUAGCAAAAGUACAAAAACCUCACGUUAAUGUUGAGGACAUCCGGUUCGAAAUUGGAAGCAUCGAGAUCACUGGCCCUGGGUCGGCCGAAGCUCUCGUGGGCGCGUUGUGGCCGACGCAGCUUGGAGACCACCGGAAACACCCACUAGACACUCCUUCAGGCUUAUGGCCGGUUCUGGGCUCGGUCACGAACCCAGCGAGCCUUCCUAAAGACGUUGUCCUAGGCUUCAACAUCUCUGAUCCACGUCUUCAUCAUCCACCUACCGCCGUGCCGCUGCUUCGAGACGCGAAGAGCCACAGUGACCUUAUGGCUGUUCUUGCAGACUGGCCACUCGACAGGACUCAGCCAGCGCCCGCGCUGUUUGACCGAUCAUGCCGCCUCUCAGCCUCCCGCGCCCUGCCAAGCCAAAAGUCUAUCAACCGCCGCAAAACUGAUGCUGUACCUGGCAAGCUGCCUGAGCCUCGUCCAACUGAUCCAGAUAUCCCCGUUCUGCUUUAUACCAGCAGAGCUGUGGCUGCUUCGCAAGCCACCUGGACAGUCCUCCUGCCUUGGAAGUGCGUGCAGCCUGUCUGGUACAGCUUGAUGUACUAUCCUCUCUCUACAGGAGGCAAUGUUCGUUUUGGCGGUCUCCAGGAGAAACGGCAGAUUGCGUUCGAAGCGGGCGCGCCAUGGUUCCCCGGAGAUUACCCUGGGACAGCGGCAGGAUGGGAGUGGGAGGUUAGCGAGAGACAAAAGAGGAAGGACGAGUGGACAAGAAGACCGAAAGGCAAGAGGAUCGAGUGGACUAGCGUAGACCUUGGCCUGGGACGCAAAGGGGAGAUUGGAGCGGGUUGGGCAUGUGAUUGGCAACGACUGAUUGAUGGUCCUCCUGCUGAAGGAGCGAAGCCAGCUACAGAGACCGAUAGCCGACCAGCCACGCUUCACCAUCUUCCCGCUCCUACCGCAAAAGAUCUUCUUACUAACCCUAGCCCUAAAACUAAAGAAGCCGCCGGUGCCCUUGCAACGGUUAAACUGACUCUUAUAACCCGCGGCGUCCCAACAACCUGCGCCCGUAUCUACCGCUUACCGAGAAAGGAUCUCGAACUGCGGAAGAAAUGGCUUUCCUUACUCCCAACCCCAAAGGCCAAAACUAGACAAAAGCCCAUUAAUCAGAGAUGGCCUCCUCCUUUACCCAAGGAUACGCCCGACCAUGUCCGCGUCGCCCGCCUCGCGGAGUCUCUAUUGAAUUCUGAGCCGAUCCAGCUGGGACAUCCAGAUUACCCAUGUGUUCCGGAUGAGGAAGAUCUAAUCGGCUUCGUCACCACCGGGAAUUUUAACCUGGGUGAAGGCCGGGCUACGGGAAUCGGCUGUUUGCUUCUGGAGAAGGUUAUCUCUCCUACUGCCGGAACUGAGCAGGAACAGCCAGCAGAUGGGUCAGCGCCCGAGCUGGAGAAUGUCCCAAAGGUGAGCGAGCACACGAAAACGCUGUGCAUCAUCCGGGAGGCUGGACAGAGCAUCGGCAGGUUAGCUAGAUGGGAGUUUGUGUAG